AUGUCGACGGAUGUGAAUGUGAAGGUGGCGGUGCGAUGCCGUCCUAUGAGCUCACGCGAGACGCAGAUGGGUGCGCGCGGGGUCGUGCAGGUGCUGGACGGCACGACGGUGGUCAUCUACCCCACUGCAGACGCAGAAGCCUCGGCUUCCAGCUCAACUGCCCCCUCGGAGACUUCGGAUGCAGCGUCGGACAAGAAGCAGUACACGUUCGACUUCGCGUACUACACGGAGAGCACGCAGGCGCAAGUGUACGACGACAUCGCCAAGCCUCUGGUCGCCCAAGCGCUGCAAGGCUACAACGGCACCAUCUUCGCGUACGGCCAGACCGGCUCGGGCAAGACGCACACCAUGAUGGGCAGUGGAGACGACCACGGCAUCGUGCCGCUCAUGAACGCCGACCUAUUCGCUCGCAUCAAUGCAAGCGAUGCUGAGAACGCCAAGCACGACGACGGGGGCGCCAUCAAGUAUCUCGUGACGGUGUCGUUCCUGGAGAUCUACAACGAAGUCAUCAAGGACUUGCUCAAUCCUUCGGACAAGGUGCUGAAGAUCCGCGAGCACCCGGACAUGGGCAUUUACGUCGAGCAGUUGGCCGAGCUGGUCGUGCGUGAUCCCGCGGACGUGACCCGGCUGCUGGAGCAGGGCAACAAGGUGCGGCAGGUGGCUGCCACGCAGAUGAACGAGCGCAGUUCUCGCUCGCACAGCUGCUUCACCAUCAAGAUCUCGUCCAAGCGGUCGCAGGUGCUGGCUGGUGUGCGGAAGGAGAUGUGCAUGAACGCCAAGAUCAACCUGGUUGACCUCGCCGGCUCUGAACGCGCAUCCAAGACUGGUGCAACAGGUGAUCGACUGAAGGAAGGCGCUGCGAUCAACAAGAGUCUGAGUGCAUUGGGCAAUGUGAUCAACGUGCUGGCGUCUGCCGACAAGUCACGGAAAGCUGGCGGCAAGGCGGCGCACAUCCCCUAUCGCGACUCGAAGCUUACGAGGUUGUUGCAGGAGUCGCUGGGUGGCAACUCGCUCACAGUGAUGAUCGCAGCCAUCUCGCCAGCAGACUACAACUACGAGGAGAGCUUGAGCACGCUCUUGUACGCCAAUCGAGCCAAGUCCAUCAAGAACGCGACCAAGAAGAACGAAGAUAUCAACGAAAAGAUCAUUCGCGAGCUGCGCGAGGAGAUCGAGAAGCUCCGCCAAAUGGUAGCGCGCCCCAUGUCCGCGUCGAGUGGCAACCCGGAGAUGAUGGGGCAGAUGGAGGAGACCAUCGCCAACCUCGAGCGAGCUAAGCAACAGUCAUGGGACGAGAAGCAGCGACUGACGGAGCUGUAUGAGCAGGAGCGACAGAACUCGCUUGCAAACGAGAAGAAGAUCCUUGGGUUUAUGCAGACGGUGAAGCAGGAGAAGAUGGACAUCAUGAAGAAGAUCAAAGGGCUGCAGCAGAAGAAGGUGCAGCUCUCGAAGGAGAUGCGAGUGCGCAAGCAGAGCUACGUACAGAACAAAAGCAAGCUGCAGCUCGGCGUCCAGGCCUUCCAACAGAUGAAGACGGAGACUCCCCGUGAGAAGCAGCAGCUGAUGGAAGAGAUCGAGUCGUGCAAGUCGCUGCUGAUCACGGAUCGCGACCAGCUAGCGAGACUCAAAGAGGAGCUGAAGCAGUGUGAAGAGCGGUUAGUGGAGGAGGAGGCCGAGGUGGCUGCAAAGAGCGCCUUGUUAGAGGAAGACGACAAGCUGCGUAAGGCUAUCCAGGACGACGAGCGCGAGAAGAUGAAGCAGGAGCGGGCUGAGUACUUGCAGUCUGCGCUUGAUGAGGAGCGCCAGCGCUUCCAGCAAGAAGCCGAGAACGACAAGCAGCGGCUGAAGUUGGCGUUGGAGGCGACUGCAGACAAGGAGAAGAAGCUCGCGGAGGAAGUGGAGAAGCAACGAGGACGGGCUCUCGAACUGCAGCAGCAGAUGCAUCAGAUGCAACUGGAGCACGCCGAGUGGAAGCAUGAAACGAAGCAAAAGUUAUCGCAAAUGGUGGAAGCUCUCAAGAACGAUUUCCUACAGGAGCAGAGGGAAAUGCAGGAGAAAUACGACUAUGCUGUUUAUCUCUUACGGAACGCUCGGGACGACAUUGUGGAGCUUGGCAAGCGCAACGAGGAUCUUGAGAAGCGCCUUCAUGACAUGAUUUCAUGGGAUAAAACGUGGUGA